AUGAAUCCAACCUCAGUGGGAGGUGGCAGAGCCAAGCUACCUCAAUCUGUUGAGAGUAUGUUUGUUAAAGUACAUUUGCAAGAGUACUCGCUAGAAGAAGAAGCACGUAUAUUUCUUGAUCAAUUUGAUUCUAAACGUUUAGUGGGUGAUGAUGAUGGACGUAUAAAGGAAGACUUGCGGAAUCUGGUGCAGCUGCAUCGUGACGUUAAAGAGUUGGUUGAUCGCAAAGAAAUUGGAAAACAAGGCGGACCAUAUGAACUCAAUGUUCGAGACCUUCUAAAAAUGAGAGACGUGUUGUACGGAAAUAUCUUUUCUCUGCGGUCACAUCUUCAACUAACCGACGGUGAACGCCAAUCUAAGGUAGCAAGACAAGCUUUUGUCAACGACAACGCUCGUAUUGCAGCUUUACGAACGGCGGGCGAUUUGGUAUACAGCAAACGAUUUCUUAGUCUUGAAGAUCAAACAAAGGUAAUGACGGUCGUAGACAAGUUAUUUCCGUCUGUGGGUAUAGCCGACAACAUUGUUCAAAAUGUUACCAUAGACACGAACUUGCCCAACAGCGUUCAGAUUGGAUUUGUAUACCUGACAAAGGGUCACGAAGAAUCUCCCUUCACACCCCUUUUUCCAACGACGACAUUGAAUCAGCAACUUCAAGUCCUUGCAUCAGCUGUUGUCAGCGGACGUGUGGUCUUUUUGCAGGGGCCAACAUGCUCGCGUAAAACAUCACUUGUGUGUGAGUUAUCGCGUUUAUGUUGUCGCAAACUUUACGUUAUACCGCUAAGUGAAGAUACUGAUACCGACCGUCUUAUUGGUCACUGGACACCACGUCGCAUGUACAACAGUUCUGCUCUUCCGAUCGAUAUGUGUUGCUCAACAUUUUCUAAAUGCUUGAACUGCUUGCUGAGUUUGGGCUUGUUGUCUACUAGUACGGAUGACGUGCGGAUAAAGUUGCUCCGUGAUAUUAGUGAAGCACUGGAGGAGUUUGAAAAGGCGGGUUCUGAAAAUACUGAGGCUUUGAUAAACGCUUUCACUACACUGUGGAGAGCAUUUCAGCGUCUUGUCGGCACGCUUGAGAUAAAAGCUGAAGAGACAGACUUUAGUUCAGUUAGAGAUCAGUUGAUCAGAGAGCAGACAAUUAUAAAUGGAGCUUUGCAAGUACUGACACAAUCAAAGUCUACUUUGACCACCAGCACCACAGGAUUCGAAUUUGUUGAAAGCACACUCGUGCAGGCUGUUCGCAAAGGCGAUUGGGUUUUGCUCGACAACUUGUCUGCAGCUCCUUCUGAUGUCAUAGAAAGAAUCUUGUCAUUGGCGGAAUCUCCACAAAAACUUCAUUUGUUUGAAAGUCCACAAAAUGAAAAACUGUCAACUGGAAAUGGAAUUAGUUCAGGGUUUCGACUAUUUGCUACGGUGGAUCCUACUCGUCACAAGCAGACACAGUUGUCGUCAGCGUUUCUUAACCGUGUUAUCAGCAUUCAGUUGCCAGACGUUGAUUAUGAUGCAUUGAUCAAACUUCGACAGUCGCGCGAAGCGUCUUUAGCCGACACGGAGUUGUAUAAGAUUAUUGUCUCACAGAUGCAGAGCGUUACUGCUUGUCGAGCGUUGGCAAAGACGCUUGUUAAAAUACAUUGUGAAUUGCGCGAUAAGUGGUUUCGGGGUGAUUUGAAGACUGUCGGUGAUGUGCAGCUAACUUUCCGAACAGCCUUAAGAACUUCACAGCAGAUUGCUUACAUGAACCGUUUAGGAGUAAACCCAGUCAAAGCUAUGGUGAUUGCUGUUGGACAGCACUACGUUAAAUGCUGCAGACUAGACGGUCAACGUCACGUUCUAGCCCUUCUUUGUCAACAACUAAGCUGUAAACGCACAGAGGAAGACUUGCAGCACCUUCCUAAACAAGAUGACUGUUGGUUGUCUGAAUCUCAGGCAACGAUCCUUACUUUAUUACCAAAUAUUCAGACUACGCUUGCAAACCUUGUCAGAUUUGUUCUUGAGUGCUUGUGUUAUCAUUUGAAGGCUUUGAAGAAGGACAAGAGAGCAAAAGAGGAUGUUUCAUCGGCCGUGCAUGCAAUCUCAAGAGCAAUCGAUAGUCUACUGGAGCAAAUUUCGACUACCGACGAACUCAAAAGGCGUCUUGCCCAAAUACGUUCGCGUUGUCAGUUAAUAAAGUUAAAGGGACAAAGCAUUGCGUUUUCAGAGUUAGUAGAGGCCGUUGAGCAGUAUGUCACAACAUACGGAAAUGUGUCUUUAUCAACGUUAUCAUAUAAAGUAAGAGAUGGUUCAGAAUUAGCAUCUACUGCAGACAGUGUAAGUGCAGCUCUUCUUGUUAUGGGAUGUGAGAUAGAGACUUCUAUGUUAAACUCCUCUUUUGAAGAUGCUUUUCGUAAUCUGAACAUUGCUGACGAGGUCUUAAGUAUUAUCAAAUUAGCACAAGAAGCUAUCGAUCAACACGCAUGGCUGUCCGUGUAUUCGGUGCAGUUAAGCGAGAGGAACGGAGCAAGUGCUACAGCAAUACAAAUCGGUCUCGAUAAUGUUCGAAAUGCCAUAUCUGUGUGUUAUCAGCAUGCUACUGUUGUUGAUCGUGUUAAAGAGCCUUUGGGACUACUAAAGUUGGCUGUAGACAAUCUGCAGCGAGACUUUGCUGGACAUGCUACAAAAAGCGCUACAAUACUAACAACAGUUCAUCGUAUACUUCAAGAACGGAUUGCCAUCAACUGUGACCGAGAUCGUCUACUUGAGUUCUUGAAUAAUUACAAGCUGCUUCCAACGCAAAACGUGGCACAAUUAAAGUUGCUUCUUUAUUCCAUUGAAAUGCUCUUCGUCUCGAGCUCUUCUGUUCCACUCGCUCUCCGUGAAGUGAGUAAUGUGGAAUCGCCUGAUUUAGUAGAGAAACUGCGAGAUAUGUCAUUACUCGAGUGUAGUAUUGACAUUUGUAAGAGAAUUCAAAGACUGUUAUCGGAAAGUUUGGUUCCAGUAUUGAACAAACGAUCGUACAUUUGUAGCGCGCAGAGUAGGUUAGAUAGAGACGUCAUGUUUUUUGCUAAAGACGACAGUGUCAGUAGCGAUGAAAUUGCUGUAGAACGUGACCACCACACCUUGCAGGAAUUGCAGCAAGCAUUUGAAAACCAAAAAACCCUACUUUUGGAGAGUGAAGAUACUCAGUAUGUUCGAGAGUGGUACAGUGACGACAUCAGAAAGGUUCACUGUUCUAUUUUUCGUAUGUUAGCUACUGAAAAGCGAUCUAUUGAUACCGACAGUGAAAAAUUUCGACGGCUUCUGCUACAACUUCAACCGACAGAGCUGAAGUUGUCUCUUGGUCCUUUGUGGAUAGUGGUAUUUUCAGAGUUGUGUGAGUUUAUGUGGAGUUCGACUUUUUCACUUUACGAAAUGUGCUUGAUUUCGUGCUAUGACGAUUUAGAAGCAGAGUUGUCAGGACGUUCUUUGCAAAAAGCAUUGGUUUUUGUAGCUGAUAGGAAAGGUCUUUAUUAUUCGUUUGACGUAGUUAUCUCAAACACGGCCCAAAAUAUGGUUUACGUUCUUUCUUUAGAAAGGAGAAGUAAUAUCAAUCGUUCCAGUGAGCUUUUGAAUAGCGUGGUAAAAGCAGUUAAAACUCAAACUUCUCAUAAUUCAAGUUCGGUGGAAGUCAUCGAUAUACAUGUGUGCGUAGAUGCUUUAUUGUUUCAGACAAACAAUGUGGCUUGUUUGCUACCUGCGAUAGCUCUUAAAGAUGUUUCUUUAACUAGACCUGGACUAGAAAUCGCUUUUCGCCAAGAGGAGGUUGCUAGAUUGCAGAAGAAAUUACUCAGCUGCUACCAGAGACUAUCAACUGUUUUAAAGAGAUCAACUGCUGAAGUGAUUGUUCGACACCACGUACUGCAAGUAGUCAACGUAGUUAGUGAUCUCCACGAAACUUUUUCUGCAAAUUCUCCGAACACGUCUGUGGCUGAUAUCUACGCAGUGACAGAUUGCAAAUCUUUUGAGACUCGUGUUGGUAAUAUAAAGAGAAAUCUUGAAGAACAGUUGGAUUGUUUUGUAAGCAGUCUUGUUCCACAAGCUCUCACGCAGCGAUAUCGAAAACGAACGUUUGCCAAGAGAUUUGCGUUUAUUGCAAAUACUACAAAGACGUGGGAAGCAAAACACAAAUUCGAAAGCAUUAACACAGUGGAGUUUAGUAUGGCGUGCAGUUAG